GGCGCCUUUUGCCGUCCUUUUUCCCAAGCCGGCUUUGGGGGCCGCGGUCGCUCGGCAGCCCGCGGGUCACGUGGCCUGCCCGAGCGAGGGGAGCCCCGCGCCCGCGCGGCGCGGCGGGAGGAGGUGAGGCUUCGGCGCGCGCCCAAACCGCGCUGCGCCCGCUCCUCCCGGCUCCGGCGAUGGCGUCUCCACCGGGAUCUGCCGGCCUGCCAGCCUGGGCGACACCAGAGGCGGCGCCAGGGACAGAGCUGACCUCUCCCACCGGGUUUGACUUGCAAUGAUUCUGGCCUGAGUUCCAGGAUGAUUUGUUCUUGGGACCAGACGUGACCAAAAGUUGACCUCAUGAUCACUUCAACCUCUCCAGCCGCCAUGCUCCUCCGGAGGCUGAGACGACUCUCCUGGGGCAGCACUGCCGUCCAGCUCUUCAUCCUAACGGUGGUGACGUUUGGUCUACUGGCCCCCUUGGCCUGUCACCGGCUUCUGCACUCUUACUUCUAUCUGCGCCAUUGGCAUCUGAACCAAAUGAGCCAAGACUUUCUGCAGCAAAGCUUGAAAGAGGGUGAGGCUGCACUCCACUACUUUGAGGAGCUGCCCUCUGCCAACGGCUCAGUGCCCAUUGUCUGGCAGGCCACACCCCGGCCCUGGCUGGUGAUCACCAUCAUCACUGUGGACAGGCAGCCUGGCUUCCACUAUGUCUUGCAGGUGGUGUCCCAGUUCCACCGGCUUCUUCAGCAGUGUGGCCCCCAGUGCGAGGGGUACCAACUCUUCCUGUGCAACGUGGAGCGGAGUGUGAGCCAUUUAGAUGCCAAGCUGCUCUCCAAGUAUGUCCCCGUGGCCAACCGCUACGAGGGCACUGAGGAUGAUUAUGGUGAUGACCCUUCGACCAACUCGUUUGAGAAAGAGAAGCAGGACUAUGUCUAUUGCCUGGAGUCAUCCCUGCAGACCUACAACCCAGACUAUGUCCUGAUGGUGGAAGAUGACGCUAUUCCAGAAGAGCAGAUCUUCCCAGUCUUGGAGCACCUUCUGCGGGCUCGCUUCUCUGAGCCACACCUCAGAGAUGCCCUUUAUCUGAAGCUCUAUCACCCCGAGAGGCUCCAGCACUACAUCAACCCAGAGCCCAUGCGGAUCCUGGAGUGGGUUGGUGUGGGCAUGUUGCUGGGGCCCUUACUAACCUGGAUAUAUAUGAGGUUUGCAAGCCGCCCGGGGUUUAGCUGGCCUGUCAUGCUCUUCUUCGCCCUGUACAGCAUGGGUCUGGUGGAGCUGGUGGGUCGGCACUAUUUCCUGGAACUGCGCCGGCUGAGUCCUUCCCUGUACAGUGUAGUCCCUGCCUCUGAGUGUUGCACCCCGGCCAUGCUCUUCCCUGCCCCUGCGGCCCGCCGGACCCUCACCUACCUGUCCCAGGUGUACUGCCACAAAGGCUUUGGCAAGGACAUGGCGCUGUACUCACUGCUGAGGGCCAAGGGAGAGCGGGCCUAUGUGGUAGAGCCCAACCUCGUGAAACACAUUGGGCUCUUCUCCAGCCUCCGGUACAACUUUCAUCCCAGUCUACUUUAGGGUGCCAAGAAAAGCUUUUCUGAAAUUGGCCACUUCUUGGAGAUUCAAAUAUCGAGCUCUUUAUCAGACGUGGUUGCUUGCAGAUACUUCAUUGUUUACUGUUGCUAGGGAUAUAGGCACUGGGACAGCUGAGGAACAUCCGUGAAUCAAGAGCCUUGGCUUUGGUAACUCUCUGACAGGAGCAGUAGUUUGCCACAGAUCCGGACCUCUCUCCCUCCACACAGCCACACUGCCUCAUGCAGUCCGACCCACCCAUCGAGGGUGCACCAGUUAUCAUUUCCAGUUGUUUUGGAGCUCUGCUUUGUGAUAGAGCUUGUGACUGCCAAAAAUUUGUGCACACUGAUAAGACUGUUUUAGGAUUUUAAGGGUAGAAUUUGGUGACAGGUGAGAUCCUUUUGAAUUGAUUUGUUUCUCUUUGGAUGUGAGAAUAGAUGUGCAUUUAGAAUAUAUGCCCAGUAAGGCAGGAUCAUGUGGAUAGAUUCCAUUUGUUUCUUUGACCUGGUGUAAUAAAAACUGAUAAAAGCCGUGCAGUGCCUGGCAUCUUAGAGGCAGGUAACCUGGCUUUUCUAUUACCUGGCAUUUUUUUUUCUGUAUAUCUGUAGUGCACUGAUAAUUGAUACUGUUAGUGAGAACUUGAAGACAGCAGCAUCUGGAAGAGCCUUCUGGAUCAUCAAAAUUAGAUUGCUUUUGUUUAGUAGUGAUUUAAUAUUGAAUAUUUCUAUUGUAUUCUGAUUCUUUGAAAGUUGGACAUUUCAGAAUUACAUAGAAGGGUGAGCUCUUUACUAGUAGCAUAUCCUUUUCCCUAACUUUGCUGGCUGACCGUUCACCCUCAUUUCUUUUUCUUCUAGGUAGCAUGAUGGUAUAGAAGAAAAAGCAUGGACUGAAGUCAGAAGACCUGACCCUUUAUUUCAGAUCUUCAUGUCCUAAUGAUGUGACCUUGAGCGAGUCAUAUAACCAUUCUGGGUCUCAGUAAAAUGAGAACAGUAAUACCUACCUGUUAAGGUUGCCUUUAGGAUUAAAUGGCAGAUGAUAUGGAAAACACCUAGGAAGUGCUUACCCCAUACAGGACAGUUGGCAAAUGUUUUUUCUCUCUCAUUUAAUAAGUAUAUAUAUAUAAUUCCAGUGUGUUUUGGGUAAAGAUAUUAGUGAUAUUGUUUAAAGUGUGAGACAGGGCAUAGGGCUGCCACCUGUGUAACAGGUGUUCCAGACCAAACGCUGCUAGCAUAAAGGCUGACUUUUCAUUGUGACUCUUGAAGGAGGUGCAGCUCACCUUUCAUCCAGCCCCACCUCCAACCAAUCCAACAAUAAUAAUUGUUCAUUCAAACUGGAAAUGAUCUGAGACUCCCUGAGUUUAUUCCAAAACUGGCAUCUGAAAAUUACUUUUCUCAAAAGUUACAAAUAAAUGUCCUUUGAUAAUACUUAUUAGACUAGUAGCCAGCUAAUCCCUUUAUGACAACAGAUGAUUAUAUCAGAGUUUUCAAGCAGUUGUCCAGUUUCAAUGCCACAGUUUGCUUUUCAAUUCCUACAGUGAGUUUCCAUCUUGAGAUCCAUUCAUGAACCCUGAGGGAGUGGGUAGGAGUUGAUCACCCACGCUCUACAGAUGAGCAAAUUGAGACCCAGAGAUGUUAAACGGCUUCUCCAGGUUCACAAAGCUGAACAGCAGCAGAGCCAGGAUGGGAACGUAGCUCUUCUGACUUCCAGCCCCUGCACUUUUUUCUUAACCACAUUAAUUUUAUAAAUAUCCAUGUGGUCAAAGUCUCUUUUGUAAAGUCCAGUUGUAACCUGGACUAAAUAAUGCCUCUGUAAGCUAAGAUGGCAGAAACCCAUUGUCAUGUUAGUCUUGGGGAACAAACAGAUGUAAGUUAUGUGUUGCAUUAUAGUGAGCUGUUAUGUAUACCCCAGCAAUAUCCAAAGUGAUCAGAGCUGCUAGAUGACUGAUUACGAUGCUCGGUUUCCACUCCUUCAUUCCUCCUCUCCAGUAAUCUGUUCAAAAUCGAACCACCUCCAACUCAGAACUCAUUAGAGUUUGUUGCAUUAAUGAUUGGGUCUCCUUAGGGAAGUUUUUUGCCCAGUGACAGGAGAGCCACUCAAAGCUAGCCAGGCCCAAGAUAGGGAGUUACUGCUGGUUUACAUUUCUGCUCUUUCUAAUUCAGCUGUCUACUGCAUGCAGACAUCCCCUCCCCUGACUUCUCCAAGGCUGAGGCCGUCCUUCCUUGUCCAGUUUCUCUACCUACACCCUAAGACGUCUUCCUGCAGUAAUCUUAACUAGGGCCUGCCCUUGGACAUUUUCUGCAGAUGCAGGCUCAGUCCUGCCCUUAUAUCCCCACCUGCUUCUGGAUCCUGCUCCAUUUUGUCCCUUACUCCUAAAGUCUCAUUUUUGUGUAUUAUCCUUCCUUAGGGCAGCUGACAGCUUUACACCAAAGCUGAAGUCUCUCAUUUAAUCCUAAGCGAGGAGCUGGAGGAGAACUAAGAUACCCUUCCCGUAUCAUGGGAUGUAGGUUACCAGGGGUCUCUAACAGCCUCGGUCACCUUUCAGAGUUUAAAUUAUAGUCAGGCCUAAGGAACUCCCUCUUGUGACUGAGUGUAUUUGCAUAUAGACAUGUCAGUAAAAAUAAAAGCACCCACUUUGCCAAGGCUUCCUGAGAA